AUGAGCGACAUUUUGGUGUAUGCGGGUUUACUGACCUAUGAUGUGUAUCUUCGUAUCAUUUUGAGCUCGACGAGGGGAAUUGGAGGCAUCGAAGCGACUGAGGAUUCUCUAUCGCCUGAGGAGGACGCUUUCUAUGUGUGGGUUCCGAGUCGUUCACAGGAUCAUGGUCUUUCGAUAAUUCCGUCAAUCUGGUUGAUAAUGGCCACACAUCUUCGAGCGGAGGUUGAAUUGAACUCGGCCGAAUGCGCAGGGUCUGAGGUCCACGAGCACAAUGCAAUGGCCGCGAGCAAGCAAGCCAUCAAGGAAGCCGAGGAGAAAGGAAUUGACGCCUCUUUUGCUGCAAAGUACUGCACCUCUAAGGUUCUGGCAGAGAAAGGUUAA